UUUCAACUUUGUUGACGCUCCAUCAUCGGAUUCUCAUUUGGUUCCACCGGCCACUGAUUCAUCUCAAAUUUAUCUUCUCCGUGAGACUGACACUGAUAGCGACGGCUCCACCGUGAGUUCCCGGAAUCUGCGGCCUCUCUGGUCACCCGCAUUCUCCUUCUUCUUCACGAUUCAUGGCCGCUGGCCGGUGCUGAGUCGCCGUUGUUGUGUUACUGUUUCAUCUAGGUCCAUUCCUCGGCAUUCAUUUCCACAUUUCUACGUUCGUUUUGGAACGUGGUCGUUUUCUUAUAGCGCACGAGGCUUUAAGACAACGAAAAUCGCAGCAGAGUAGCAGAGGAUUCGGAUCAGACCAAACGGCAGAAACGAACGACGGCGUUUGGAGGAUCCAAUCCAUUUCUCGAGCAAGUUGGCCAUUGCAUUCGAUAUCUGAACCGCAUCGCUGUAUCGAACGGACGCAUCGUUUUCGGGAACGGUUUUCUGAAAGGACAGACGAUUCGACAUCCUGAAAAUGUGCGAAGCAUGAGCGCAAUGACUUGGGUAUCUACAAUUAUGGAUUGAUAUAGACUGAAUCAAGGUGGUGGCCUGUUGGGCUGGGAGAAGGUUUGGCUACAUUGAGAAAUGGGGACGGUUGCCGGAGAGGAGUUGAUGAACUUGGAGAAAAUGCAGGAAAUAAAUGCCCGUGAAGAGAAAAUUCUUGUAUUAGUAAGGUUGAGACCUUUGAAUGAGAAGGAGAUUAUGAUGAAUGAAUCAGUGGAUUGGGAGUGCAUCAAUGAUACUAGUAUCUUGUACCGGAAUACCUUACGGGAGGGGUCCACAUUUCCAAGUGCCUAUACUUUUGAUAGAGUAUUUGGAGGUGAUUGCUCUACAAAGCAGGUGUACGAGGAAGGAGCCAAAGAAAUUGCAUUUUCUGUAGUCAGUGGUAUCAACUCGAGUAUUUUUGCAUAUGGUCAAACAAGCAGUGGAAAGACAUACACCAUGAACGGAAUUCUUGAACAUUCAGUGUCAGAUAUAUUUGAUUACAUUAGAAAGCAUGAAGAAAGAGCAUUUGUUGUGAAGUUUUCAGCUAUUGAGAUAUACAAUGAAGCUGUUAGAGACCUCCUGAGCACAGAUACUACUCCUCUCAGGCUGCUAGAUGACCAUGAGCGAGGGACUGUUGUGGAGAAAGUCACUGAGGAAACUUUGAGGGACUGGAACCAUUUAAAGGAGCUCAUUUCAAUGUGUGAAGCUCAACGACGGAUUGGAGAGACCUCGCUGAAUGAGAAAAGUUCUAGAUCUCAUCAAAUUAUUAAAUUGACAAUUGAAAGUUCUGCUCGAGAGUUUUUAGGAAAAGACAAUUCAACCACCCUUGCUGCUAGUGUGAAUUUUAUUGAUUUAGCUGGGAGUGAACGUGCAGCUCAAGCAUUAUCAGCAGGGGCGAGAUUGAAAGAAGGCUGCCACAUAAAUCGCAGUUUACUGACUCUCGGUACUGUCAUUCGCAAAUUAAGCAAAGGAAGAAAUGGUCAUAUCAAUUACAGAGAUUCUAAGCUGACGCGAAUAUUGCAGCCAUGCUUAGGUGGCAAUGCUAGAACAGCCGUCAUCUGUACAUUGAGCCCCGCAAGAACUCACGUUGAACAAACUAGAAACACUCUCUUGUUUGCUUGUUGUGCAAAAGAGGUGACUACAAAAGCACAAGUCAACGUGGUCAUGUCUCAGAAGGCUUUGGUUAAGCAUUUGCAGAAAGAGGUAGCCAGAUUGGAGAGUGAGUUGAGAACCCCUGCCCCUGUUUCAUCCAGUUCUGAAUAUGCAGCCUUACUUAAAAAGAAAGAUCUACAAAUUGAGAAGAUGGCGAAGGAGAUUAGAGAGCUCACAAAGCAAAGGGACCUCGCUCAAUCCCGGAUUGAAGAUUUACUUCGUAUGGUUGGACAUGAUGAUGUCGUGAGAAAGGAUAUCGAAAGUAGUUAUUCCAAAUUGCAAGCGAGGGAUGCUUUAGAGGAUGAAGGUUCACCAUCAGAAACUUCAAGUGUGGCUGAUUUUCGUGAUAGAGAUAUGGGUGUAAAAUCCUUCAACAAUCCUCAUUAUUAUGAUGGAGACAGUGAUGAUGGAAAGAGGUUUCUUGACUCUUACUCAGGUCACAGUCCAAUGACAACAACUGCUCUUGCAAUAGUCGAAGAUUCCGAUGACUGCAAGGAAGUUCAAUGUAUUGAAAUGGGAGAGUCGAUCAGGGAUGAUAACUUGUCACCGCUUGCUGCUAAUAACGGUGAAUUUAGAGGAAAUGGUCAUGAAAUGAUAUCAACCCCUGUGAAAGGGAAUAGAGAAGCACAUCAGAUUCAAAAUAAUUCAGCAAAUGAUCAGCCGGAGCAAAGACUCCAUAAUGUAAGAAGGACAGAAAUUAUUUCUAUGUUCAGUCCUUACCGCGACCAUGCAUGUUCAAAGGUGACUGCUGAUAUGUCAAGCUCCAGAAGCUUGAAGCUAGCCAGAAGCUGGAGUUGUAGAGCCAAUCUCUCGACUGAUUUAUCACCUGGUAGAGGAGAAACCACCCCUCCUCAUGGAUUUGACCAAAGAUUUCCUGGAAGACCUGAAGGUUUUGAACGGAAACUCCCACAGUUAGUCUUUGAUGACACCCUCCUGAGGCUUGAUUCUCAGUCUUCUAUAGGAAGUGCUCGGAGCAUCAAAACUUCGGCAGAUGAAGACGUUACUCGCUUAGACGCCUUUGUUGCCGGAUUGAAGAAAAUGACCAACUUAGAGUAUGGGAAAGAACUUGCUGAUGGACAGUUUCUGAAGGAUGGCCACGAAUUGGAUCUCUUAAAGGCUUCAAAUGGUGGUGGAGGGGGAGAGACAUUGCAAGAUGCUGCACUAGUCACAUCCGAUUGGAACCAAGAAUUUCAGAGGCUGCGGAGGAUGAUAGUUGAACUUUGGCAAACUUGCAACGUCUCGAUAGUCCACAGAACUUACUUUUUCUUGCUCUUCCAAGGUGAUCCUACCGAUUCCAUUUACAUGGAAGUGGAGAUUAGGAGACUGACUUUUAUGAAGCAAUCAUUUUAUUACGGUAAUGAAGCUAUGGAAGAUGGCCGGAAAGUUUCUUUUGCUUCAAGUGUGAGAGAUCUUCGUCGCGAGAGAGAAACAUUGAGUAAGCUAAUGCGGAAACGAUUCUCAGAAGAAGAGAGAAAGAGACUAUUCCAGCAAUGGGGAAUCUUGUUGAAUUCAAAACGCCGAAGACUGCAGCUGAUCAACUGCUUGUGGAGCGACUCGAAGAACAUGAACCAUGUAACAGAGAGUGCCGCCAUUGUUGCGAAGCUUGUGAAGUUUGCUGAACAAGGACAGGCCCUCAAGGGGAACUUUGGUCUCAGCUUCAUCACACCACUGAAAAAUAGAAGAUCAUAUAGCUGGAAGAACAGGAGUUCUCUUCCAUGAACUGAGGAGCUGCACAUAUAAUAACUCAAUAUAGUUAUGAAAGAAACUAAACCAAACCGUCAUUAAUUUUGUAAUAGGGCUGUAUAAAUCCCUUGUAAUCUUGCUUGAUCUAGGAAGUUAAUUUAGAUUAGGCUGAUUGAUUUAGUUUUUCGUGGUUGUGUAUUUUGUGAAACUCGAAACAUUAUAAUUGUCACGUUUUUUUCAUCUCUUUUGCCCUUCAAA